AUGAUCGACACCCUCUCCGUGAUCAGCAACGGCGGGGUGGUGCUGUGGGAGCAGAGCGCCGACGACGCCGGGCGGCGGCCGACGGUGAACCGCGUGAUUCAGGAGGUGCUGCUGGAGGACCGCGCCGGCGUGCCGGAGGCGGUGCUCGGCGAGCACAAAGUCGCCUGGGCGCUGGACGGCGACGCCCGCUUCUUCGUCGUCGCCGUCUACCCCAAGUUCCUCGUCUACCCGCGCAUGGGCGCCUGCCUGCGGGGCCUCGCGCGGGCCUUCGCCGGGAAGUACGGCCGCAUCCACGACGGGGAGCUCUUCGCCGACUACGACUUCUCCGCGGAGGCGGCGGCAGCCGUGGCGGGCCUCGAACUCGGCGGCGCAGCCACCACCGUCACGGCUGCAGCAGCCGCAGCAGAAGCAGAAGUGGGAGAAGCGGUAGCCAACAGCAGCAACAACAACAACGACGGGAACGACGACGAGGAGGAGGAGGACGGCGAAGGCGAAGGCGAGAAGGAGGCGGCGGCGGCGGUGCAGCGCGGCGGCGACCGGAUUGUGACGAAGCGCGGCCACGUCAUUGGACGCAAGGGCCAAAAGCCGGCCGCCGCGAAGAAGGCGCAGAAAAAAUGCAAACCCGUGAAACAGGCGACCCGCUGGGAGGAGCCCGCGCUGGACCCCGCCGUCACUGCCCAGCAGCGGGCCCCCACGCAGGAGGAGUUGGCGGCGCAGGCGCAGGCGCAGCGGGCCGUGUUUAUUAAGCGGCUGCCGAACGGGGCUGCCGCGCCUGUGCGGGAGGCGGAGUGGGAGAACCAGCCACGCGGGCGCCUGGCGAACUGGCUGCGCGGCUACGUCGGACGCCGGGAGCUGGACAGGCAGGACUUUCAGCGCGUGAUUCCCGGCCUGCGGGAGAAGCUGAUUGCCAAGAACGUUGCCGUGGAGGUGGCGGAGCACGUGUGCAAGUCGGUGGAGACCUCGCUGGCGGGGAAGAAGCUGGGCACCUUCGACUCGCUCCAACAGUCCAUUGAGGCCGCCAUGACCGCCGCGCUGCGCCGCAUCCUGCAGCCCAAGCACGAGGUCAACAUCCUCCGCGCCGUGGCCUCGGCGCAGUCGCGCAAGAAGCCCUACUCCAUCGUCCUCUGCGGCGUCAACGGGGUGGGGAAGUCGACGACGCUGGCGAAGAUCGCCUACUGGCUGCAGCAGAACGGCCACAGCAUCAUGAUCGCCGCGGGGGACACCUUUCGCCACGGGGCGGUGGAGCAGCUGGAGGUGCACGGCCGCUGCCUGGGGGUGCCGGUGUUCCAGAUGGGCUACGGCACCGACCCCGCCGCCGUCGCCGCCGCGGCCAUCGCGCAGGCCACCCGCCAACAGCACGACGUCGUGCUGAUCGACACGGCGGGGCGGAUGCAGGACCACGAGUCCCGCAUGCGGGCCCUCGCGAAGCUGAUCCACGAGAACCAGCCGGACCUCGUCCUCUUCGUCGGCGAGGCGCUGGUGGGGAACAGCGGGGUGGACCAGCUGCGGCGGUUCAACCAGUGCCUGGUGGACUUCGCCCCAGUCGGCGCGGCGCCGCGCGGCAUCGACGGCAUCGUCCUCACAAAGUUCGACACCAUCGACGACAAGGUCGGCGCCGCCCUCUCGAUGGUCUACGAGCUCGGCCAGCCCAUCGUGUUCGUCGGCUCCGGCCAGACGUACCAGGACCUGAAGGUCAUGCAGCCCGAGGUCGUCGUCGGCGCCCUGGUGGAGUAG